CCUGGGCGGCGGCGCGUGCGCAGUCGGGGCGCGGGGGGGGGCCGAAUAGGGUCCGUGUCGCUGGCGCGUCCUCCGCCUGUCGCGACAUCAGGGCGGCGAUAAUGGUGGAUUACCACAGCGCGGGGCAGCCCCACCCGUACGGCGGGAACGGGCCCGGCCCCAAUGGCGACUACAUGGCCCAGGAGGACGAUUGGGAUCGGGAUCUGCUCCUGGACCCCGCCUGGGAGAAACAGCAGCGCAAGACGUUCACGGCCUGGUGCAACUCCCACCUGCGCAAGGCCGGCACGCAGAUCGAGAACAUCGACGAGGAUUUCCGGGACGGGCUCAAGCUGAUGCUGCUGCUCGAGGUCAUCUCAGGGGAGCGGCUCCCGAAGCCCGAGCGGGGCAAGAUGAGGGUGCACAAGAUCAACAACGUCAACAAGGCCCUGGACUUCAUCGCCAGCAAGGGCGUCAAGCUCGUCUCCAUCGGCGCCGAGGAGAUCGUGGACGGGAACGCCAAGAUGACGCUGGGCAUGAUCUGGACGAUCAUCCUGCGCUUCGCCAUCCAGGACAUCUCCGUGGAGGAGACCUCGGCCAAGGAGGGGCUCCUGCUCUGGUGCCAGCGGAAAACGGCUCCGUACAAGAACGUCAACGUCCAGAACUUCCACAUCAGCUGGAAGGACGGGCUGGCCUUCAACGCCCUCAUCCACCGGCACCGCCCGGAGCUGAUCGAGUACGACAAGCUGCGGAAGGACGACCCCGUCACCAACCUCAACAACGCCUUCGAGGUGGCCGAGAAGUACCUGGACAUUCCCAAGAUGCUGGACGCCGAGGACAUCGUCAACACAGCGCGGCCCGACGAGAAGGCCAUCAUGACCUACGUGUCCUGCUUCUACCACGCCUUCUCCGGGGCCCAGAAGAUAUCGUGGGCACGCUGCGGCCCGACGAGAAGGCCAUCAUGACCUACGUGUCCUGCU